AUGGCUUCCUACAGCGACAUUGGCCCACCUCACCCCAGUACUACCAGUUUCAGCAAGAAUGGAGAGUCAAGCCGACCUCAUCCAGACUCAAGCAGUGUCAUGCAUAACGAGGGCUACAGCCAGAGACCGUGGGAUUCUUCAAGCACUGCACACGAUCCAGCUGAUUACAACGCCUCGAGAUAUCAACAAGCCCACCAACCUAUAAAUGACGCCGUCACUUCAGCAUUCAACAACAGCGAUGCAACUUCUACUGCAGCCGUCUCACCAGAAUUGCUUCAGCAGAUUACUGCGCAAAUCACCGCGAACGUCCUACAACACCUUAAAGCCGCCGACUUACCUUUGCCUCUUCACCAAUCUCAGACAUCUGGCUCACACAUGGAUGCCGCUUCCUCGGCCGCAGGAUCUCCUCCCCCGGAGAGAUCCACAGUUUAUACUCCCCCUUCUCCCUAUCGGACCUCGGAAGAUUCUGGUAUGGCUCAAUCGUCGCCGCAAUUUGCUCCACCCUCCAACCAGUCAUCCUUUCGAGCCACUUCACCUCCCACUGAGAAAAGGGCGGUGUCACCGUUGAGUCAGGGAAGCCAUCCCUCCGAUAGCGAUGCCAACCAAGAACGCCCAAGCAGACCUAAAGGCCCCAGAAGAAUAUCUACCGGAGGAGAAGUAACAACUCUGGAGCGUGUCUGGGGCACGCUGUUUGACGAGCAGGGCCAAGCUACUGAGAGGCUUGGGCAGUUUCUUCGUGGUGUCGCUACUCAUUUGAUUGAGGAUUAUGAGCCAAAGAAUAGUCUCGUCAUAACUCCCACAAAAUUGCAGAGAUACUACGAAGAGACGAAGCUGACCAAUGAACUUUACCCCUGGAAGAUCAUAUUUGAUGACCGAACGUCUUCAAUCUCUCGAAUGUUUAGGGAAUUUGAAGCGCAACAUCAUCUGGUGCAAGACAAACUGACCGAAAGACCCGACAUUCCUGGCUUGACACCUCAAGGGUUUGAGACUUGGGCGACAUUGCUUCUCAAGGCGCAUCCUGAUCAAGAGUUCGAGAGAUUGGCCAAGACGGCACUGGACAUGCCAAUUAGCAACCCUGAUAACAGGAGGGAACGCUUUCCUAAAGAGCUCUCGAGAAGACUUUUCCCUGUCCAUGCCGACACUGAGAUAACCACCAAACUACAAAAGGCCAUGUCGAGCCACUGCAAUGUCAGCUUCCCAGUGCAUCAGAGCAGCACAGCAGAAUCCACCCUUCGAGCUUCACAAUCGAGUCAGCUACCGGAAGAUCCGUCUCAGAAGGCAGCUAUGCGGUCGCCGCCACUACCAGAGGAGCCAGCUCCUAUAAACAACGCGGCACGAACAAGCCCGGCGCUGUCGCAACCCGGGCUUGAGCGACAGGGGCAAGGACAAACGGAAGCGUCAUCUGACGGUGCCGACGCCGUCACCAAUGGAGGUUCGGUAGAUCGCCGCGCUCCUCCACCAAUCGAACGGGAAAGGAAGCCUUACAACGCCGCUCCAGGCGCUGGCAAAACUUAUGACAUAGCCGACAGAUCGGCCGAGUUCAAGCCACCACCGCCUCCUCCCCAACACGAAUUCAAGCCAGGGCGCUCAGGCUCUGUCCAGGCCUCCAGCAGGGUCAAUGAUGGCUCAAAGCCUCCCCUCACACCUAUUGCCAUCCAUCAGAGGCCACCUGCUCCACCGAUGGAUGUCCCUGAAGCUGGACGUCAUCGCUCGAAUAGUGCUUAUCUCAAAGAUCAGCCUCGCCCUGGACGCAACCGAUCGCCGUCCAGUUCAUCCUACUUGCGGAAAUCGGAAGCAGACGUCUCUUAUACACCUUCGUCACAUCAUCCUUACACCGGCGGUGACCCUUAUGAUGACGCCAGACGAUACAGAGAGUACGAGGCCCACCGCGAGCGGCUCGCAAACGACCGAUAUGACGCGGCAAGGAUGGCCGCGUAUGAUCCGCGAGAUCGAGAGCGAGAUCGAGACGGCAGGCCGCGCCUAGGGUCCGUUUCGGCUUUUGAUGGACCGCCAAGUGCACGCGGAGCACCUCCGCCUUACCCAGUGUCCGCCGCAUCUGCAGAUGAGGACUACUACCGAGACCGUGGGCCGUCCGCAGCAUCAUACAAUGCCCCUGGGUCAAUCAGUACAGGAUUCCAACCUCCUCCUACGGCGCCCAGGGACUCCGCGUACGGAUCAUACCCGCCUGCAGCAAGCUAUCCUCCUAGCAGUUAUCGAGAUGUGCGAUGA